GAGGCAGCACCCUCCCCCAGCCCCCUGUACAGAAUGUGGCCCCAGGGAGCCCCGGCUGGGGACUGACCGCAGCCCAGGGCCAGACUCCCCUGAGGCUGCAGCAGUUGGUCUCUCUGGCUGACGGUGCCACUGGCGCCAAGGACAGCAAACACCCUGCACGGAGCCCGGCACACAGCAGGGCCGAGGACUCGGACUGGAGCUGGUUCUGAAUCUGUUCUUUUUUGGAAACAACAAGCUUUCCUCAGGGCACAGCCUGUGGCUCCUCUGGAAAAGGGUCUUCUCCCCAGUCCCAAAUAAACUGAGAGCAGCUGGGAGCCCUGGGUAAAUGCAGAGUGAAGCCGAGACAGGAAAUCGGGGCUCUCGGUAAUGAGUUCCAGCCACACCAGAAGGGGGAAGCCAGACAAGGAAUUUUCUUCAGGACUGUCUCCCUCUGGCAGGCUCUGGUAUUAUCCCUGGGAGGAUCGUUCCCGUGUGUGCGCGUGUGUGUUGUGUUUGCAACUCCUGUCCAAGUCUCUUUCCACCUACCUUUCUGUUAGGUUUGAGCGCUCGGCAGGGCUCUGCAUCCCAGUCCCGGGGUGUGUGUGGCCGUGUGUCUGUGGGGGCGGUGGGGGAGGACCCUGGCACGGCACAGUCUGGUCCGAGUCCUUGUGUAUCUGAAACUGUCUAGGGAAAGGCUGAAGGACAAGGACGCGGGCCAGGGAAGUGGGGAAACUUGAACACAGCCUGGCGUUCCCGAGGGGGGAGGGGGCAGAGGCAAGGAAGAGGAGAGAACUUGGUCUCCAGCCAGAAAAAGGGCUUUUUCCACCGAGGAAUCUAACUGCUGACAUGGGUGCCCAGCAUGGAUGGGGACAUUGAUGUUUACAAGCAUUUCUCGUGGCUGAAGAGGUCCCAGGUAAAUCACCACGGUGCUGCUAGCAAUGAAACCUACCAGGAACGCCUGGCACGUCUAGAAGGAGAUAAGGAGUCCCUCAUAUUACAGGUGAGUGUCCUCACAGAUCAAGUGGAAGCCCAAGGAGAGAAGAUUCGGGACCUGGAAGUAUGUCUGGAAGGACACCAGGUGAAACUCAAUGCUGCUGAGGAGAUGCUUCAACAGGAGCUGCUAAGUCGCACAUCUCUUGAGACCCAGAAGCUCGAUCUGAUGACCGAAGUGUCUGAGCUGAAGCUCAAGCUGGUUGGCAUGGAGAAGGAGCAGAGAGAGCAGGAGGAGAAGCAGAGGAAAGCAGAGGAGUUACUGCAAGAGCUCAGGCACCUCAAAAUCAAAGUGGAAGAGUUGGAAAAUGAACGGAAUCAGUAUGAGUGGAAGCUGAAGGCCACUAAGGCCGAGGUAGCCCAGCUGCAAGAGCAGGUGGCCCUGAAAGAUGCAGAAAUUGAGCGACUGCACAGCCAGCUCUCCCGGACGGCAGCUCUCCACAGUGACCACGCAGAGAGAGACCAAGAAAUUCAAUGUCUGAAAAAGGGGAUGGAAACUUUGCUUGUUGCCAAUGAAGAUAAGGACCGUCGCAUAGAGGAGCUUACCGGGUUGUUAAACCAGUAUCGAAGAGUGAAGGAGAUUGUGAUGGCAACUCAAGGGCCUUCGGAGAGAACACUCUCAAUCAAUGAAGAAGAACCGGAGGGAAGUUUCAGAAAGUGGAACACUACAAAUAAAGGCCCUGAAGACUUAUUUAAACAAGAGAUGCCUCCAAGAUGUAGCUCACCCACGGUGGGGCCGCCUCCACUGCCGCAGAAGUCACUGGAAACCAGAGCUCAGAAAAAACUCUCCUGUAGUCUGGAAGACUUAAGAAGUGAAUCUGUGGAUAAGUGUGUCAAUGGGAACCAGCUCUCCCCGGUGGUAGAACCCAAGGCCAGCCCCUUCCUGGUGGAGCACAAAUACCCCACGUUACCUGGGAAGCUUUCAGGAGCCACGCCCAACGGAGAGGCUGCCAGAUCUCCCCCCGCCGGCCUGCCUGACAGCGCAGGGAGCAGCCUGCAGAGGCUGAGAGACACAGAAAGUGGUUGGGAUGACACUGCCAUGGCCAAUGACCUCUCAUCCACGUCAUCUGGCACUGAAUCAAGUCCCCAGUCUCCUCUGACACCAGAUGGUAAACGGAGUCCCAAAGGCAUCAAGAAGUUCUGGGGAAAAAUCCGAAGAACUCAGUCAGGAAAUUUCAACACUGAUGUGCCAGGGAUGGCAGAGUUUCGACGAGGUGGGCUCCGGGCGACCGCGGGGCCAAGACUGUCUAGGACCAGAGACUCCAAGGGACAGAAAAGUGACGCCAAUGCCCCCUUUGCCCAGUGGAGCACCGAGCGUGUGUGUGCGUGGCUGGAGGACUUUGGCCUGGCUCAGUACGUGAUCUUUGCCAGGCAGUGGGUGUCUUCUGGCCACACAUUAUUGACAGCUACCCCUCAGGAAAUGGAAAAGGAGCUAGGAAUUAAGCACCCUCUUCACAGGAAGAAGCUGGUUUUAGCAGUGAAAGCCAUCAACACCAAGCAGGAGGAGAAGUCUGCCCUGCUAGACCACAUUUGGGUGACACGGUGGCUUGAUGAUAUUGGCUUACCCCAAUACAAAGACCAGUUUCAUGAAUCCAGAGUUGAUGGACGAAUGCUGCAAUACCUGACUGUGAAUGAUCUACUCUUCUUAAAAGUCACCAGCCAACUACAUCAUCUCAGCAUCAAAUGUGCCAUUCACGUGCUGCAUGUCAACAAGUUCAACCCGCACUGCCUGCACAGGCGGCCGGCUGAUGAGAGUAACCUUUCUCCUUCAGAAGUUGUGCAGUGGUCCAACCACAGGGUGAUGGAGUGGUUGCGGUCCGUAGACCUGGCGGAGUAUGCUCCCAACCUCCGAGGGAGUGGAGUCCACGGAGGUCUCAUUAUCCUGGAGCCGCGCUUCACUGGGGACACCCUGGCUAUGCUUCUCAAUAUCCCACCACAAAAGACACUCCUCAGGCGCCACCUGACCACCAAAUUCAAUGCCCUGAUUGGUCCUGAGGCAGAACAGGAAAAGCGAGAUAAAAUGGCCUCGCCAGCUUACACACCACUGACCACCACGGCCAAAGUGCGGCCAAGGAAACUAGGAUUUUCACAUUUUGGAAACAUAAGAAAAAAGAAAUUUGAUGAAUCGACGGACUACAUUUGCCCAAUGGAGCCCAGUGACGGUAUCAGCGACAGUCACAAGGUCUACAGUGGUUACCGGGGCCUCAGCCCCCUUGAUGCCCCUGAACUGGAUGGGCUGGACCAGAUGGCACCUUCAGAAGGCACCGUGACGCAGAUAGGGCUCCUCUCCCAAGACAUCCACCGCCUUACGACCAUGCUGAGCCAGGACCAGCUGCUGAAUGACUCUCGCGUGGCUGCGCCCAACGCUGAUGGCUGGAGAUGAGUUUCUUCGUGGCUGAGAGCCCAGAGAGGCACGUGUGGGGGCCCCGAGCCUUGGCUUCAGUGGGAAGCUGGCACACAGCCCCCUGCAGAGCCCGUUGGGGCUGGCAGGGUGUCUUGCACAGGGUGCUGGCAGGAGCACAGCAGAGCUGUGGGACAGAUGUCCAGGAGGUGGCUCUACUGUCCCUAUGUGUUUGCAACCGUGCUGUGGUCUUUGCUGCAGCUUUUAUACCUUUUGUACUUUUAUACGUGGACUGACAACCACUUUUGUGGGAAGGGCAAUGAGAUGUGAGCACAGACUCAAUGGCUCAUGCGUUCCUGGGGACAGCCUGGAGGCUCUUGUACCAAACAGGAAGAGCUGUCAGUUCAUAAAACUUCUGCUGGAAAAAAAGAUUCUGGAAAAAAAGUGAGUGUUC